GUCCAUGCUAAAAGGAUAUAGAUUUAACAUAAAUUUGCUACUGAAAAUAUUGACAUUAAGUUUCAAGAUCUUUAUCAUGUAAAGGUGUGGGCUCACGAUAAUCGUAAUUGAGCUUUUGGCUUGUGUUUUAUUAGGAGAUUAGUCUCUCACACCUAAAAUAGGUGGGGCUUAUGAAAAAGGUGUGCCAUCCAGAAGUUUAUAUAAUUUUAGAGUGCUCGCUCAAAAACUUGAUGAUGCUACUGAAAAAGGUAGAGAAGAAGGCAUCAAAAUCGGCGAAAAAAAGGAGGGGUUAAUGCCAACACAGAAAGAGCUUCGGGCUACGAUGUCCAAAAAAUUACAGGAAGCUAUUAAACAUCCAGAUCCAACAGUUGCUGCCGGGAGGAAGUCAGCUAUCAAGAGAUGGGUGGGGGUCCUUCAAGAUAACUUUAUGGGGCACAUAAAAUACUUUAAAGAUGAUAAGCUGAAGUUUUUGCAUGAAGUGUUCCAAGAUGGAGACUGCUGGUCAGAAGAAUUAUUCUCUGAGUUAGAGAAAACAAUUUUACCACCUGGAGGUGAUGGUCCUUGUAGUAAUUUGCGAUCACGAUCUAAAGCUCAUGGUAGUAAGAAAACAACUUUGCCAGUUGAUGAUAGUCCGCAGUCUGAGCUUGGAACUCCUAGUGUAAGUGGUGUUUCUUCUUAUAAGAAAAAAAGCAUCUUUACGCUUAGUGGUAAUAAGUAAUCCACUUAUGAACUCUUGGUGUUUCUGGUCGUAGUAAAUAAGGGGUAUUUUGUAUGAGUAAUGGUGAUGGACUUAUUAGGAGUUUGGUGGAUGGAGAUCUUGAAGGAUUCAGACAAGGAUUUGAAUCUUUUUUAGAUCAAUGUCCAUCUUUCUUGUAUCAUGUAAGUGCAGGUCGUUUUCUUCCUGUAUUCUUUUUUAGUAUGUUU